CGAACCCUUCUCCCCGAGUCAGGUUGACUCCCCAGUUCUUCUUCCGGUUUCUCCCUUCCUCUCGUCGCGCAACGCACCGUGACAGCUCAGCUCCUCGCACGGGUUUCGCCGUCCCAUCUCGUCUCUCCUCUCCCCUCCUCCCCAGUCCCCCUGGAGCACGAGCGAGACCGAUCGCCACGGACCCUAGAUCCCGAUGGCUUCGCGCCGCCGCACCCUCCUCAAGGUCAUCAUCCUCGGCGACAGCGGGGUUGGGAAGACUUCCUUGAUGAACCAAUAUGUGAACAAGAAGUUCAGCAACCAGUACAAGGCUACGAUUGGCGCAGAUUUCCUCACCAAGGAGGUACAAUUCGAGGAUAGGCUCUUCACUCUACAGAUAUGGGAUACUGCUGGUCAGGAAAGGUUUCAAAGUCUUGGUGUUGCAUUCUACCGUGGAGCAGAUUGCUGUGUUCUAGUUUAUGAUGUUAAUUCUAUGAAAUCAUUUGAUAACCUGAACAACUGGCGUGAAGAAUUUCUAAUUCAGGCUAGCCCAUCGGAUCCUGAUAACUUCCCUUUUGUUCUGCUGGGUAACAAAGUUGACGUAGAUGGUGGAAACAGUCGUGUGGUCUCUGAGAAAAAGGCGAAGGCAUGGUGUGCGUCUAAAGGGAACAUCCCUUACUUUGAGACUUCUGCCAAGGAUGGAUUAAACGUGGAAGAGGCUUUCCAAUGUAUAGUAAAGAAUGCACUGAAGAACGAACCAGAGGAAGAACUGUAUGUGCCGGACACGGUGGAUGUGGUGGGUGGCAACCGGGGUCAAGGAUCAUCAGGAUGCUGUUAGGACAUGAUGCACCAUGAGCACCACAACUGUCGGUUAUCCUUUGACAUUAUAGUAGUAGUUUCCGUGGUGGCUUUGAGGACCGGUAUUUCAUUUGUGACCUUUUUCAAUCAUCACCUCCUAAAGUACCCAAGGAAUGAUUGAUGCAUCUGUUCCGAGCUGUCGAUUUGUGGACGUUGUGCAGUUUGUCAGUAGCGUCGUGUCUUGUGAAUACAAUCAGUGAAAUAAGUGAGGUGUAAAACUACAGUUCCUUCACCAUGGUUUUGUGUGAAAGAAACUUGAAUAUACGCUCCCUGUCGACAAAGCUUUGUUUGCAA